AUGGAGCACAAGCACCCUAUAGCAGAAGCCAACGAGACAAGCCCAUUUGGCUCACUGAGUCCGAAACAAUUCUACGCACGACACUCGGUGAGCCAUGCCUCAGAGUACAUCACCAGCAAGCAGGGCCUCAAGCUCUUCGCUCAAUGGUGGACCCCUGAUCAAACUCCCAUCAAAGGUAUCGUGUGCGUGGUCCAUGGCUACACCGGAGAGUCCAGUUGGUUCGUUCUGUUGACUUCUGUCCAUAUCGCCAAACACGGUUUUGCUGUUUGCGCUAUAGACCAUAUGGGCCAUGGCUAUUCCGAGGGAUUAAUCGCCUAUUUGCCGGAUAUUAAUCUUGUGGUAGAUGAAUGUAUCCUAUUUUUCAACAAAUUUUGUGCGGGUUAUGCACCAAAUCUUCCGGCGUUUCUGUAUGCGGAGUCAUUGGGUGGGGCAAUUGCGUUGCUGAUCACGCUCCGCCGCGACGGGGUUUGUCCGGUGAGGCCAUUUGACGGCGCCGUUUUGAAUGGGGCUAUGUAUGGUAUAAGUGAUAAAUUCAAGCCUCCAUGGCCGCUUGAGCAUUUUCUAUCUAUAGCGGCUGCUUUGGUCCCGACUUGGUGCGUGGUUCCCACUCGCGGUUCCUUACCUCUUGUUUCCUUCAAGGUGGAAUGGAAGCGGCAGUUGGCUGUAGCGUGUCCGAGGAGGCCCUUACAAAGGCCACGUGCAGCAACAGCGCAAGAGUUAUUGAGGGUGUGCAGAGAAAUACAAGGACAGUUCAAUGAGGUGGACAUUCCGUUUUUGAUCGUGCACGGAGGUGGUGACGUUGUAUGUGACCCCGCCUGCGCAGAACGUCUGUAUGAAUGUGCUGCAAGCAAGGAUAAAACCCUCAGGAUUUAUCCCGGCAUGUGGCACCAGCUGGUUGGAGAGCCCGAUGAAAAUGUGGAACUUGUGUUCGGAGAGGUUGUGAAUUGGCUCGUGACUAGAGCAGAUCAGGCAGCUGCAGGCUCGGUGGUCGAGGAUGUAGAUGCUGCUGCUGCUACAGAGAUUAAAUAG